AUGGAAAUUCCUUUGGCUGCCACUUUUUUAGGAUUAUUUGGAUGGAAUAUCUAUUAGCUAGUAAAAAAGUAUAAUGCUAGAAGGAGAUAAAGCUGUUUGGUAAAAUUAAUAGAAGAUUAAUCUAAUUCUCUCAUUAUGACUCUAUAUCCCUAUAAGAAAAGGAAAUUAAAUGAAAAUUAAGAGGUUAUUAUAAAGAGUCCUCAAAAAGUUGAUUUAUAAGAAAAUCAAGAAUAGAAUGAAACAAAUUAAUAUGAAAGAAUUUAGACUGUAUUAGAAUAAGUGGAAUAUGAAAGAUUUUAAGAACAGGAUUAUAUAGAUAAUGUCUAGACAUUUGAUUCAAUAGUUUGUGGUAAAAAUAAAGAUGAUUUACAGAAAAACAAAUAAAAUCAGGAUUUUUCAUUCACGAGCCAAAAUGCAAAUUAAAUUAAUGAAGAUUAGAAAUAUAAUUAUCAUGAUGUUAAUAAUCAUGUUAAAGAAUUAAUUAGUUCUGAUUUAGUAGACAAAGAGACAAGUAAUUUUACUUUUACAAAUACUAAAGAUUAAUAUUAAGAUAAAUAAGCAGAAGAUGAUCUAAACUAUAAUUAGAAAUAUGAAAUCAAUUCUUAUGAAGAUGAAAUAAAGAGACUUAAUCAAUAUUCUGAAUUUAAUUAAAUGGAUAAAAAUUCUGAAUAAUAAAUUAUAAUUUAAGGAAAUAAUACAUUAGGUUAAUUUUAAGAUAAAUAUCAUAAUUAUGAUGCAUAUUCAAAUUUUUAUAAUCAAAAUCACUAAGAAACAUUAUUACCUUUCUUUCCUUCAAAUAAUUAAGUCAUUACUUCUUAAUAAUCAUCUCAUUUCGUUUAAGAUUCAUAUUAAAAUAAAUAUGAAAUUCCAAAUUUUUAAAUUGAUGUUCUUAAUUAAACAUAGUAAUAAUAAUAAUAUUAAAAUAAAUUUAAUUGUUAAAACUUUACCAAUAGUUUUACAUCUAAUUCUCAACCUAUAUAUUCAGUCAAUAAUAUUUAAUAAUCAAACCAAAUAUAUAAUCCAUUUUAUUAAGAAAUCUCAAAUAAUUAAAUUAAUAUGAAUUUAUUACAUAAUUAAAAUUCAUUUUAAGUAUAACCUAGUUUUGGAUAAUAAAACUAAGAUAUUAGGAAUUAAAAUAUAACAUUUUAGAAUAUUGGAGCAAAAGAACAUACAGAGAUACCCAGACUCUGUAAAGAAGAAUUUAGUUUUAAAAAAUAAUAAUAUUCUAAAUUUGAUUAGAAUAAUUUAGAAUAGAAUUAAUUUUAGAAUGAUAGCAUAAAACCUUCAAUCAGAUAAAUUCCAGAAUCAAAAUCAAAUAAAGGAUAAUCAAUAUUCACUACAAGUUUAACUGCUAAUUAAUCUAAUAUACAGAAAGAAAUAAAAAGCAAUCAUUUAAAUGACUUUUCCUUUUAUUUAUAAUUAUUGGGAGGAGGAGGAGGACUCAAUAGUAAAGUAAGCGUACCAUCAGGAAAUUUGUUAUCCUUAUUGUUGAAUAAUUGA